AUAGCUGCACCGGGGGAGCCUACACGAGAAGGGACCUCUGAAGGACGAUAAAAGCGGCUGGACCGGAAGUGCUGGGUUGGCCGGCGCGGGGGACUCCGUGGGGACCCCGGAUACGAUGAAGGGGGCUUUGAGCAGCUGAGGAUCCUAGUCCCCGUAACCCUUCUCCCUCCUUCGCCUCGGGUGGCAGUAGCAGAAGCGUGGAGUGUGCAUGAUAGAGAGAGACGUAAAGACACUCUAUAUGUGCUCAGAUGCCAUCUCCGCAACUCCAAAGGCAUUUGCGUAGCUUGCAGGCUUCAAACUGUCCUGUCGUCGUUGGCCAGAUGGUUUCCUGGUAAAGAUGGCAUGGUUAUGACAAGUCCAGUUGAAGUGCCCAGUGCACUGUCUAGUCUGGUUUAUGGGAUCAGGUUCAGCUUUUGAGGCCUGAGGAUGUGGACAAAGUACGUUGAGUCAUUUGGCUAAACACAUGUGGUUUCCUUGAGCUAGCCAGGGAAGGCUGACCAGGGCCUGCCAUGAAGGUGAAAUUGAAAAACGUGUUUGUCAUCUAUUUCCUGGUGUCGGUGAUCGGCCUGAUGUAUGCGCUGCUGCAACUGGGACAGCCCUGUGACUGCACCCAGCACCUGAAGUCAGCCAGCGACCUCAUCCAUGCCAAGGAGAAAAAGCUGUCCCAGCUGCAGAAUGAGCUGAAGCGGCUCCAGGGGCGGGAAAAAGUCCCAGAGCCAGCAGAACAAGCCUUGCCGGUCAUUUAUGCCGUCACGCCCACCUACGCUAGGCUGGUCCAGAAGGCGGAGCUGGUGCGCCUGUCGCAGACCCUCCUGCACGUGAAGAACCUGCACUGGAUUGUGAUCGAGGAUGCGCCAGCCAAGACGCAGCUGGUCUCGGAGCUGCUGGCUCAGAGCCACCUGCGCUUCACACACCUGCAUACCGAGACGCCCAAGGAGCACAAGCGCAAGGAGAGCGACCCCAACUGGCUGAAGCCCCGGGGGGUGGAGCAGCGGAACCUGGCGCUGCAGUGGCUGCGGGAAAACCACGAGCUGGGCAAGAAGGCAGUGGUGUAUUUUGCAGAUGAUGACAACACCUAUAGCCUGCGCCUCUUUGACGAAAUCCGCUCCACCAAGCGCGUCUCGGUGUGGCCCGUCGGCCUGGUGGGAGGCCUCCGCUUUGAGCGCCCCCUGGUGGAGAACGGCAAAGUGGUGGGUUUCUACACAGCCUGGAAGCCCAACCGACCCUUCCCCAUGGACAUGGCCGGCUUUGCCGUGGCCCUCGAUCUGCUCCUGGCCAAUCGGGAAGCUCACUUUGACUUGCUGGCCGAGCGCGGCUACCUGGAGAGCAGCCUGCUGCAGUCACUGGUGUCGAUUGAGGAGCUGGAGCCUAAAGCUGACAACUGCACCAAGGUGCUCGUCUGGCACACCCGGACCGAAAAGCCCAAGAUGAAACAAGAGGAGUUGUUGCAAAAGCAGGGCCUGGGCUCCGACCCCAGCAUCGAGGUGUGACUGGGCUCCAUUUGGCCACUGAGACAUUGGCAGUGCUUCCGUGGGGCGUGGGAGGAGCUAGAAGGACUCGGCCAAACUCGAUUGGUCACAGAUGCUGAAGCCUUUGACUGCCACUCCCCUGCCCAUCUAUGGACAUGCUGCCCUGGAACUCUUUUAUUUAUUAAGGAUGAGCUCCCUGUUCUUGACCCCCAGCAUGGAAGGCACACUCUGUCUCCAGUGAGAAGAGACUUGAUUCACAACUGCUGCUAUCCCCGCCUCCCCCCUCACCUUCCUACUGCUGGGGAAAUGCCUUUUAUUUCGGUGCCCUCCCUCUUUAAAAACGUUUCUUCAUUGAAUGCUGCAGCUUCCUACUGGUGAAAAAGCCCCCUUUGCUUUCCCCUGCUGGCUGCUCUGCCCCCCC